CAUCAUUGUCGUUUGACGUUUAGUAAACAACCUGCUGCAGGACGCUGGUACAGCGCUGGUGCUACGUGCUGAAGGACAGGCAUUUUACUUGUUCUCGCGUGGUACUUCGUGAAGGUUCUUGGAGUUAGAAAUUAGCUUGAAAAUGGGCUUGGCGUUUAACUGUAUGUGGGAAAUGUAUUUUGUGGUGGAUAGUUGAACCAAUUUGUGGUAAGAACUCGUGAACAAUUUUAUGUUUGGAGUUCAAGAUGUCGAGAAAUGUUGUACCUGUCCUGAUUCUCCUGAUUGUGACGUGUACUAGUUUUGUUUGUACUGAACGAAAUUGGUGCGCUUCUGCGUGUACGGGAAAGGCAUCGGUCAAAGAUGACGGGAGGUGUGCCAUCAUUCCAGAAAUGACAGAUUUACAGUUGCAGUACAAAAAGAGACUUAAAACUGAAGCCAGUUGCCAUGUGUUCAAUAUAUCUUAUCACUCUAUUGGUGGGAUUUCACAUAAUUGUUUAUGGCCUGAAGCUGUAGUGGGUACAGCUAUGGAAUUAAAAUACAAAGCUUAUAAUUCUGAUACAACUGCAGUUGAUGAAGGACAUUAUAUAUUCAGAGUGCCAAAUCCUAAUAGAAUAGAACCUGAAAACACUUCUCUGAGAGAUUGGGAGUUCUUUUUAUAUGUGGAUAUAUCAGAUUCAUCGCAUGUGACUGUACGAUGGCCUGUUCCACCAUCACAUUUUCACGUUCAGUAUUAUCUUCUACAAUUUGUUAGCGAAAAGAGUGAGACUUCAGUCCAAGUACUGGAGUCCCACCUUGUACAUGUGAACAAUGAAUUUAAAUCCCCAUUGAUAAUAGCAGCAAUUGGCAUAUUAAUUUUGUUACCAGGAUUUUUAUAUGUUUUCCAUUCUUGGAGGAGAUUCGGAGCUCUUCCAUCACAUAAAGCACCAGUAGUAUUGUUAAUAUAUAAACGUACCAUGGACACCCACUUUCGAGUCAUUGUGGCUCUUGUAAUGUACCUGAGAAGAUAUUGUCACAUUCGAGCUCUCAUUGAGGACUUUGACAUCUUAUCUGCAGACACACAGGAUUCUUCUUCAUGGUACAGAGAAGCUUUUUCAAGGGUUGAUGCAGUUAUGGUCAUCUCCUCCCCACAUCAUAUGGAAAAUGACAAAGACAAAGCAUAUUACAAUGUGAAUCCAGCUGCUCUGAGUAUACUAGAAGAGAAAAGCAAGGAUGCUGCCUGUACCCUCAAAUUGCUUUCAGUCAUUUUACCAUAUUGCAAUGAUAAAGAUAUUCCCAAAGAAGCACAAGAUCUCCCUCAAUUUAGACUUCCUCAAGAUCUGAACUCUAUAUUGUGGUUCAUUCGUUUUGGUUUCAGAACUUCAUGCUUCUCAGAACUUGAAUUUUACUUGUUCCAGUCACAAAUCAAUGGGGGUGCUUGUGACUAUUCACGCUAUGGAAAGUUUUUGAGAGAUGCUGUAGUAGAUGCUAAUGAGGAAUCACGGAGACUGUGGGCUAUGCUAUCAGAAGCACAGAGAGUCUGACUAAGCACUCUGUGGUUUCAGAAGCGUUUAUCCAAUAUCUUCCAUGACUGAUGCAAUAAAUCUCUGCAUCUUUAACUUUUCAUUUUUAAACUUGUAAAGAUUACAGCAAAGAGGGUUUCUGCAAUUCAUGAUAUGAAGUACUUCCUAUACUACAUAGACAAUCAUUUUUACUGAACUGAAAUAUGCACAUCUACUUAAUCAUCACCUACUUAAUUUGAUCUUGCAGAUUUACUUGAUUAACAAAUGCACAACCUCUGUACUUAUUUUUCAGUUUGAGAAUUUUGUUUCCUUUUUCAAUGGACUGGAAUUGUAAGGUUAUCUAUUCUUCAACCUGUUAGAACACUGAAACCUUGCCUAGUAUUAGUUUUGUUUUUUUCCUUCUAAAAGCUGUAUUAAAGUUUGAUUUUACUCAAAGAAUAGAACACAAAAGUGAUGGUAGUUAGUUUAGAAUUGCAAAAACUUGCUGUCAUAUUUAGUUUGUUUCCUCAAAUAAUUUGUUUAUUUUUUUUAAUUUCCAUGAGUAUUAUUGCUGGAUGAUGAAAUUAAACUGAUGCAAACAUAAUUAUUAUAGUAUUUUUUGGUUAGAUAUAAAAAUUUAUAUAGUUCAAAAAUACGCACAGUUGUCAGUAGCUACUUAAUUGGGAAAAAUAUUUGUUAGAACUCACUUUCUUCAGCAAUUGCCAAAAGAAUCGAACCAAGCAUCAAAAUAAUCAUUCUUGUGUUUCUAACGUGCAAUCUACUGAACGCCUUCCCUUUUAAGUAGUCAAGACUUCAAUAUGACUGUCUGCACUGAUAGCAUAGCCCACAGUCUAAUUUAAACAUAGAGUGCAAGUCCAACACUGCACUACUUACGAAAGUAUUUGUGCUUGAUAUUGCAAUCAAUAGCUUAUUUCCUUUGUAACUGUAGAUCUCAUUAAUUUUCCUGAAAGCUCUUUUACUUUCUGCUACAGGGACCACAAUGAUGUGAUGGGCACUAAUUAAAGGUGACUUCUACACAUGCUGUGUGGUUUUCAAAUGAAGCAUUUUGAUAAUCCAACAAACUUAAACGUGUACUGUAAAGCCAAUAUAUUCAUGAACAGUGUUGGACUUGUUCCACUAGUGAUCUCUUAACUAUUAACAUUUUACCACAAUACUUGGCUUCUAAAUACAUUUGUAAAUGUACCGUGAUACAAAGGACUUCUGAAUUGUGAACAGUUAAUGGUUGUCAUCUUCACAAAAUUUAGUACUUUAAAUAAGGGCCAGUGCAUUACAUAACAAAUUAACUAAAUUUUUCAAGAAGAAUGUGUUUGCAAAAUCUUUUCUUUUUUUAUUACAUUACAUUAUUUGUAUUUUUGCAUUGACACAAUUUUGCUUGUACUACUAUGCACUUUUCAACCUUGAAUUUAUUACCUUCACUUUUGAAUCCUUCCGCAAUUUUUAGAGUGUUGACUGUAUUUCUCAAAUAAUUUUCAUAUUUUACGAAUUCCAUUCUUCCUACAUCCAUUAAUUAGAGUGAAACUAGUAAUUAAAUUGUUCUUUCGAUCGACUUCAAUGAUGAAGGAAUGUUAUGUUUUUAAACUGAGAUUAUAAUUUUUAUUGCUACAUAUUUCAUUUCAGACAAAGAAUCCACUUCACUAAACAGAUAGUUUGUGCUUGUCAGGGACUACAUCAAAUACUAAAACUCUACGUAAGGAUUUUCAUAUUUUUUACACUUAAAAAUUUCCAAUAACAUGAUUUUAUUUUUCUUUCCUUAAAAUUUCUCAAUGCCUGUAUAUUUUUUAAUAUUUAUAUAACUGUUUCUUCUCUUAAAGUGUGAGUUUCUUGGUUCAAUAUGAUACAUUUAUUAUCAGAUUAUUAAAAAUUUUUAGACUAGUUGAAGUGCAAUAAAAGGUUUUGAUGUAGUCAAAAUAUGCAACUUGCAGUGGAAUUUCAUGAUAUAAUCUGGCUGGCAAAAGAUAGUGUGAAAUUAUUUUGAGUUCAGGAUAUAUUUGAAAGUUCAAUGAAUCUUUUCCUCACACCAAGCCAUGAUAUGAUUCUUAUUCACAUAAUUUUCAACAGCAGUGUAGAAACAUAUAUUAUGAUGUAUCAUUCUUGAUUAAUUAUAUUUUUAGUGUUAUAUUCAUUUUCAUGUGAGAAAACCGUUUACAAAAGCAUUUUAGCAUGUACUAUUCACAUAAAAAUAACUAUGGAUAUUUUAUUCUCACAUGUAUCUAAAGUAUAUAUAUUUAUAUGUCAUGCUCUUGUUUUACUUGUCAUUGAAAUUUUCAUUACCUUUUUUAGUAGUUGUGAAUUUCUGUUUUGUCUUUUUACAUUAAAACUAAAAUCCAGUUGUGUAAUUGCAUGUUCUACCAAGAUACUAUUAAUAGGUAGAAAAUAAAUAUUUUGACAAUCUUAUUUGUUUUGUCCUCUCCGAAAUAUUAGAAGUACAAUUUAAAAAAUCAUGAUGCUAUAAUUUACUUGUACUUAUAAGCCAAGAACAUUAUUUUAAAACGUUGCCAUGGAUUUGUGUAAGACUGAAAUAUUAUUAUGGAAAUUGAUUUCAUUUUCUUAAAUUGUAUUUAGAUAUCAUUUCAAUAGUCUAUGACAAACUGCAGUGAAAUUUACAUUCCAUCAAUUACUUUUACUCUUAAUAAAAUUGGGUGUUUCUUUUCUUUUUUCCAAUGCAGCUAUAUCAAAGAUCUCUCCUGACUUGAUAGUGAAUAUUAUGUAUUGAAUAUAAUUCUAUUAUGUAUUUUUGGUUUUUAAUACUUUUGUUUUCUACCUUUUACGCCAAAUAAGUAUUAAGAAUUGAUAUGUAUUUUUAUGUGAGA